GAAGGCAAAUGCGAACCUUGGAAUGACGCGGGUUUGAUUAAUCCUAGCUUUAUUUGGGACUUUCAUUGAUGUGGCGGUAGCGCGCGCACGUGUCGCUCCGCUAGCUAGGGAAGGAUCUGAGGAACGAGGGAGCAGUGACAAUGGCGACGGAAGAGAAAGGGGAAGCGAGCGCGUUCAAGCCGGUGGACCUGGACAACAUCCUGGUGGAGGAGGUGGGGCAGUUCGGCAAGUACCAGAUCGUGACGUUGCUGCUUGCCGCCUUCCCCGUCAUAUUCUCCGCGUUUGCCUCCGGGGAAUACAUUUUCACAACCGCUAGGAUAAAUACGAGAUGUUUGAUACCGGAAUGUGACGGCUCGGACCCUGAGUUCUCCCCGAAGUGGGUGCUGAACGCGAUCCCCGCCAGCGGCAACACGUUCGAUGGCUGCGAGAGGUUCGGCAACCUGACCACCCCGCCCGUGGUGCCGGAGGGCGAGUGUCCCGCCUCGCUGUUCGAUACCUCCAGGACUCAGACAUGCGAUAGCUACGUCUAUGAGAAUCAGCUCAGCGUAGUUUACGAUUUCGACAUGGCAUGUGACGAGUGGCGUCGUUCUCAAAUCGGAUCUAUCCGUACGAUCGGUACUCUGCUGGUGCUGCCCAUCACGGGCUACAUCUCGGACCGCUGGGGGCGGCGCGUGGCGCUCACCAUCAACGCCUUCAACACCGGCUGGAUCGGCCUGGUGCGCUCCUUCGUCAACUCCUACGAGUGGUUCCUCACGCUUGAAGUGCUCGAGUCCUCCGUUGGUGCUGGCGCUUACUCCUCUUGCUACAUCUUGGUGACGGAGUUGGUUGGUCCUCGGUACCGUGUGAUAGCGGGUGCUACAAUCUCGACGCUGUUCGCUCUGGGGCAGGUGAUACUGGGAUUCAUCGCAUGGGGCGUGCCAGCAUGGCGGCCGCUCACGCAGGUCCUGUACGCACCUCAGAUCCUCGUCGUCAGCUACUUCUGGAUCCUGUCCGAAUCCGUGCGUUGGCUCAUGAGUAAAGGCCGUUACGAAGAGUCAGAGCAAAUUCUUAAAAAGGUUGCCAAAGCCAAUAAGAAAGAACUCUCAGAGAAGAGUUUGCAGGCGCUGCGUGAUACUGCCGAGGCUGAGAGGACAGCUGAAAAGCCGAAAGAACCUUGGCUGGUGUUUCUGGUGUUUAAAUCCCGUGUGAUAUUGUCGCGCUGUAUGGUGUCACCGAUUUGGUGGAUCACGAACACCCUCGUGUACUACGGCAUGAACAUCAACUCGGUGAAUAUGUCGGGUAACGGUUACCUGAACUACGUGGCGGUGGCGGCCAUCGAGAUCCCCGGCUACUGGACCGCCAUCCUGCUGCUUGACCGCAUCGGCCGCAAGCCCGUGCUUAUCUGCGCGUACUGGCUCUGCGCCGCCUGCCAGUUCGCUUUUGCAUUCAUGCCUGAAGGUAACGACGGUUUGCAACUGGCGCUGUACCUGUUCGGCAAGUACUGCAUCGCGAUCGUGAUGACGUCGGUGUACGUGUACACGGCGGAGCUGUACCCCACCAAGUACCGACACAACCUGUUCGCCUUCUCGUCCAUGGUGGGCCGCCUCGGCUCCAUCACCGCGCCGCUCACGCCCUCGCUCGCUUCGGAAGUAUGGGAGCCAUUCCCGUCAGUGUUAUUCGGCAGCUUUGCCCUGCUCUCUGGCGCCCUCAUCUUCACGACGCCGGAGACGCUGGGCACCAAGCUGCCUGACACCUUCGAGGACGCGGAGCAGCUCGGCAAGACCAAGCCCAACACGUGAUCUCCAUCACACAUGACACUAGAAAUUUAUUAUAAUAAAUACUCGUAAAUUAUUUGUUUUUAAAA